CUGCUUGAAGGUGUCGUCACUUCGCGUUGCAUCAUGGACGCGCCGGCCAUUUUACACAUCACAAGACUUUGAUCGAAACUGAUCAGAAUGAAAUAAUCAGCUGUUGCAUUUGUAGACCCGUUUAAAUGACUACAUGAGGAACACCGAGCCAUUUGCACAGGUGGGAUUGCACGCAACGCUUUUAUGAAGAACUGAGUGAAUUGUUGGCCAGCCAUGGGCAAACGGAAGGUGCCAGAUCUCUAUAGAGCCCCCUUUCCCCUGUACUCCAUCAAAAUUGACCCUAAAGCAGGACUAGUGGUCUUAGCAGGAGGAGGAGGAGCUUCCAAGACUGGCAUCAAGAAUGGUGUGCACUUCCUGGAGCUACAGUUGGUUGGAGAAAACCAGUACAGUGCCAGCCUGCUUCACUCACACGACACUGUCACACGUGCCACCAUGAAUUUGGCGUUAGGCGAUGGGGUGAUUGCUGCAGGUCAAGAUGGAACAUGCUCUUUGAUGACAUUUGCUGAUUGCACACAGAAAAGUGGAGACACGGCUGCUGAUAAUGAUGAAAACAAUGUGCAAAAAGGUAAUGCCAGGCAACGAGGUGGUAAACGAAACAAAGGCGGAAAGGAUGAUGCUGCUGCUGCUGUCACUGGGUCUGAUAUGAAGGAUGAGACGGCACACAUCACUGUGACAAGACUGGCAGAACUGCAGUCAGAUCUGAACCCUGAGGACCCACUCCAAAAGGUGGUCAGAUUUAGUCAUGACCUCAGCCUGCUCCUGACAGGAGGCACAGACGGACACAUCAGAGUCUGGGAGUUUCCAUCCCUGAAGAAAAAACUUGACUUUAAAGCACAUGAAGGAGAGAUAGAAGACCUGGAUCUGAGCCCAGGAAACAAGCACCUGGUAACUGUUGGCCGAGACUUUGCCUGCAGUGUAUGGCGCAACAACCAACAAGUUAUGAGUCUUAAAUGGCAUAAAACUAUGCCUCAGAUAGCUGAAAAGACAUAUCGGUAUAUGGCUUGCAGAUUUGGGAAGGUAGAAGACCAAAAAGAUGAACUUAGGCUUUACACAGUUCAGAUCCCGCAUAAACGAGACCGAAAACCGCCACCGUGUUACCUCACCAAGUGGAACGGCAAGAGCUUCCUGCCUAUGUUGACAGCUCCCUGUGGGGCAGAGGUCAUUUCAAGCUUUGCUGUCAGUGACUCUGGAACAUUUCUCGGGCUGGGAACUAUAACAGGCUCAGUAGCUAUCUACAUUGCUUUCUCCCUUCAGAGGUUGUAUUAUGUGAAAGAGUCCCACGCCAUUGUUGUGACGGACCUGGCUUUCCUCCCCGACACAUUCAAAGGGCAAAAUAUCAAAGGAAACAAUGAAACGGCUUUGUUUAGUGUGGCUGUAGACAGCCGCUGUCAGCUCCAUGCCGUCCACAACCGAAGAUCAUUUCCCCUCUGGUUGGUGCUGUUCUUCUGUGGCCUCGUGGUGGUUGGACUUGUACUGCUCCUCCAGUAUGUCUUCCCAGGCUUUUUCUGAGUUUCAGAAUUCUCACAGGUUGUCCAAUGAGGAGCUUGGACAUGUCUUUUGCAGGCCUACGUCUAUCCAAUCCAUUCAAAUCCACCAGUGCUGCACCAUUGACCUUAAACUGCUUUUAUGAUGCCGACAUGUCCCUAUGCGGCUACUCAGGGUUGUUGAUUUCUGACACGUUCGCAUAACACAGACACUCAAUUGGGAUUUGAAUUGUUUUGAUUGACAUGUUUUAUGUUUUGAUAUCCAUCAUCAUGUCUCUUGGGAAUGAUGUUAAAUGCCACAUUUAAUAUCCAAUAUUCCUUAAGGAUCCUUAAAAUAUUUAGGUUGGACAUAUACAUAUAUACAUGUUUAUUUAUGUUAUAGUUAUAUCAUAAAUUACAUAAGUGAUGUCUAUUAUUUAUUAAAUAAUACAGAAUAUUACAUCAUAUAAUAAAGAGACACCGCAGAUUACUUUGUAUACACUAGUGGGCAGCAUACACCAGGAAAAGGGACAACACUCUAGCCAGGAGCUGGCAGCUAAUGAAAUACAGUAGCGGAUCACCCACAACAUAUAUUGGAUUACUGGGUAAUAAAAAUACAGCUGUAUGUUUUAUUCACCAGUAUUUGCUUGUUAUCAGCCGAUCAAUAUGUGAUCUUUUAAAACAAAUUUAAGAUGUUUGAUGUCAGAAAUAUUCAACCUAUUAUGUUGAAAUUAAUUUCAAACAUUCCGACUGCAGAUGUAAAAAUGUGAAUAAAAUUUUAAAUGAAUUAAA